GUCGCUCGUCGCUCGUCACUCGUGGCUCGCGACUCUUCACUACAACCGCGACAACCACAGGCGAGUCUCUUCCUACAAAUCAACCUGCCAUGGCCGACCGAGCCUUCUUCGGUCGCGCGCGCUCUGCGCAUAAUGCGCAGCAGCAACCGCAGCAAAAUGUAUCACUGGAUCAUCAGGGCGAAGAUGGAACUCAAGCUCAUCACACGGCGCUCUACCGCUCCUUCACUCAACUCCAAAUGCAGCAGCCCAACCACCACCAACCCAAGCCCCCUAGACUGGCCAAGAUCUCAAGCUACAUCGGCCUCGGCAGCCUCGCAAAAGCACAAUCUCCGACAGCCACGAUGUACCCUGAACUCAUCAUGGAGCGGAGUGAAUCGAUGGAGCCUGGCGCGGCCGGCUACCACGUCACCUCUAUUGACGGCGGUGGUCCCAUUGGCGACUGGAAGCCCGCGCCUAGAAACCAGGACAAUUGUUCCUUCUACAACCCCGACGAUCUGACAUGGCACAACCCCAGCCUUAAACAGAUGAUGGAGACUGUGAUGUGCACCAUGAUGAAGAAUGGCUCAUCUGCGCCCAUUCCACGCCACCUCAACGGCUGGAUCGCUGGCAUCCUGGAGGAGGCCUCUCACCAAACUCGCCAACUGGACUUUCUGCGUGGCCAGAUCGAAGAGCUGAAGGCAACUCGGGAGCAAGAAGUCAUUGAAUUCGCCAAAGUCACAGAAGAGUGGUCACAGCGCGAGAAGGGCUUCAAGGCCGAGAUCAAUCGUUUGGAGCACAUCAUCUCCGAUACUCAGCAGGGCGCUGAGUCUGUCAUGUUGGCGAGGGCUGGAAGCGUCGUCGACCGCAAUGACAGCAGAGCCUUCAGAGCCAAACUGAACCGGUUGAGCAGAAGUGAUUCAGGAGAUGGAACUGCCGUUGAGGAGGACGCACGUGCUCCGCGUAUUUCGUUUCCCCGCGAUAUGGCCUUCAAGCAAGGCAACACAGCUCCGUACGAAGUCCUGGGAUCCACGCCUGGCCUCUUCAACCUCAACUGCGACACCCAUCUGAGCGAGCAGCUCCGCGGGGGAGCCGCUAGGCCUGGCCGCAAGGAAGACCAGCAAGUUAUGCCUCAGACUACUGGGAAGCCGGUUCCUCAACCCCCAAAACUGAAGGAUUCUUCAUCACAGUCAUCCAGCGGCAAUGCCAGCUCUAGUAGUAGCUCCUCGCUCAUCACGCAAGGCUUCGCUAAGCUUGCACAGGCUAAGAGUACACCACGCACGAGCCCUUCCAAGGACGAGAACCUUUAUGGUCAGUCGGCCGUGAAAGAGGAAGAGAUAUGCGAUGAUCCUCUGGAAACGAUACGGCAAUUGGCGGAGGAGAAUGGCGGCUUGCCAGAUGACGCUGUCCUCGAUGGCAGCAUGUGCUUUUCGCCAGCCAUUGAUCCCACAAGCCACCGACCAUUCUCUUUCUCGGAUGGUGACGACGAGGUUGUGCCAGAAGUCGAAAUUGAUUCGACCAUUGAGAUCCCCACGAACGUUGGCAACGUCGGCUCGAGCUCACAAGAGCCCGUGCCAUCACCAGUAGUGCACGAGCAACGUCUUGACUCUCAGAUCGACGGAGGACCCCAGCGCCCAAACGAGGUCUCGUCAAAUACUUCAGUGAAUCUGGAGUUCAGCUCAUCCUCAUCUUCGAGCGACAUAUCACAGCACCGCAGCAAUGCAUCUGCUCUCGGAUCGAUGGCGUUCAAUCAUGCCGUCGCGGUCCACGAGAGGCAAGUCGCUGCUGAGAGGCGCAGGAGACUUGAAGAGGCCGCCAUCUGCUCGCCAAUGAUAAUUGAAAUGGCUAGAGAGAGGAGCGUGCCCAGUCCGUUGAGAAGGGGACCGGUACAAGGAGCGCGGGUACCACGCGCAAAUCAUGUACCCAGAGCUGAGCACCUCGACCGGCCUCAGAGCCGCGCACCCAUUAUUAGUGAGGCGCUGGCCUUGAUCAACAACCGUCCAGCCGGCGGUCAACGUGCUCGGGGACGUGCGCAGACUGAUGAUGUUUUCUAUGACCAAGAUGCCACAGUCGCUGCAGGAAAAGAGCUCCGGAGGCCGACAUCUGGACAGGAUGGCCAGAAUGAGUCACAGGAUGAGGCUUCCUAGGCAGCCCCGGCUGGGACCUAGUUGAUGCAAGUGAGAAGUAUUUUAUGAGAUACAAACUUUUGAAUCUCAGAAACAAGGCGAGCGCCCGUGGUGUUGGCUCAUGAGGCUCGACGCCGUCAAGGCUUUGGGCGAGACCGAUUUCUGCACGUUGUCGGACCGAUUUGGGCGCAUAAGUGGCUCAGGGAGAUGUUAGCUAGGGGAUUCGUCGGUCGCCAUUCACGGACUGAAGAGCCUCGUAGGGCCAGCUGCCGUCAGUAUCAGACCAUCACGGACGGGCUUGGUCGCGCCAGAGCAAGCGCGGCUCUAGGACCGCGGGAGGCUAUGCUUGUUGUCGACGGAUCGACGGACCGCAGCGUGUGACAGCUCGCGCUAAGCAACGUGCCAUGCGGGCAGUGUAAUAAUAAUUGAAAGGCGGCGCGCUAUACACAGUAGACGCUGCAGUUAAUACUAAUACAAUGAGACUAAAUAUGCUGCCCAUCUUAUGGUGUUGUGUCGACGGGUGGACGCCUAGGCAUUCCCACCGGGGAGAUAGGCGUGAGCAUCG